CAAUGUCAACAACUGAAUUCCCAUUUAAAAUCAUCCAUCUGUUCUCUAUUAGUUUCAUUCUUUUCUUUGGGUGACAUGAAAAGCUGACAAGAAUUACAGUUGAGUUAGAGCAUUUAAUUUUAACACCACUCUACAGUUUUUACAGUGAACCACUCCAUGAACGUAUCACACUCAAAACGGAUUUUACUGAUUGCCAUUUAUCUAGGCUGAACUGAGGCAAGUCUACUUUGAAGCUGUCUUGUUUUUAUGAUUCCUUACAUCAUACAUAUAGGCUAGCAAGGACGUUGUAAUUUCCAUUGAAACCAUAACAAAAUCAUAACUCCAAAACUGCAUUCUAGUCAUUUUGUUUCGAACCGCGCAAUUUAAUGCUCUAAAGUGUGUUAAAAACCGCUGAAUCCUACUAAUCUCUCCAUGCUUCUAUAAAUUAGCAAAUAGUUUCGCACACUUUCCAAUUUGGGUAGAAUUUUUUAACCAAGAAUCAACCCGAAGCCAACGUUGAUACUCGCCUCUGCGCUAACGUUUCAGCCUUCCUUACAAAGUAUAAACCCGAUACAUGCGUAGAGUUAAACGCGAUAUUGAUCAUAGUUUAAUUUUUUCAAAAAAGAUACGUAUGAAUAGCGAUGGCUCGACUUCUGAUAUACACAGCAUAUAAUUUAAAUGGUUUUAGGAAUGAAUCGUUGUCAAGUGCAUUCACCUCAGCCAUAAUAAAAUACAACGUCUCAGUAAGAAGAACAAUUACCUUAAUUUACUAAAAUUUUUAAAUCUGAAUAACGAUUAACAAACUCUCUGAGGAAACAAGUCAGACAUUAAGAUUUCAAAUUAGAGGCUGACUACUCUUGUGCUGCAGAGGAAUGCAUUAUGUACACAAACCAUUUUUACAUAUCAUUGAUUUUCAGCUGAAUUUUAAUCAAUAAAUACAACUGGGGCAGUUGUUGAUAUUAAGCUGUUGAAGCCGGCUCGUUUCAAGGCUAUGCGAGUCCGAAUUUGGGUUAAAAACGUGUUCUUUUUGUAAGUGCUAAAAGAGACAAUGAAUGCGACUCGUUUAAAUUGUUCGAAUUGUUGGUUAUGUAUCGUGAAACCUAGACAAGAAAACUUGGGUCAAAUCGUGUCAAGAAUGCAAGAAAAUUUGUAGCAACCUCCUUCAAAACAUAUCUUUAUUAUUCUGAGCAUAGUUAUUAGAGGAGACUGGUUAUGAAAAGCGGCAAACAUCAAUGAUAAAAACAACAGUGCUGCAGUUUAUGUUGGAAGUACCCUGAAAGUGCACAAUCCUUUGUUUUCUGUUGGCAAAUUGUUACGGAAUAAAUUAAUGCAACGUUUUUAUUGGUCAAUACAAUCAAAAUGAUAGGAAUUCUUUUGAACGUUGUGCUCUUUCAGGACCACAAAAACAUAUAACAAAGGAGUCUGACGGGUUUCAUAACCAUUCCACUCAAUUAACUAUGUUCUGAGUCAAGCCUAAUUUUGAGUAAUGUUAUUGCUAACAUUUAGGUAUGACGCCUGAAAACGCAAAUGGCAGACUUUCCUGAGAUGAAUGGAUUAGGUGGAAAGUACUGGACCCCAUAUGGCAAUCAUGUGCUCAUGUCAUAGUUUGGGCUAUGUACUGAUAGGGCUCGUCUUGACGUCAUUUCGAGUUGGCGCUGAUGAAAAACAUCCGGGUAACUAUAAUUAAAGGACAGCUAACUUAGAUAAUAAAUGCUUUUUUAAGUGUCGUGCAUACAAUCACUCUUAUUGCCUGCUGAGAACCAGCAGUAAGCAGUCUAAACGUCGCGAUCUCAGUAUACAUCUCAAGUGUUGUUUAUUAAGAUAAACACAACUAUGAAGCUAUUAUACUAUGAUAUUGCACGCUUUCUCCCUAUAGAUACAAGAUACCGUUUAUUAGCCGCCGCCCGGUUAGCUCAGUUGUAAGAGCGCCGGUCUGCUGAGCGGGAGGUCGUAAGUUCAAACCCCGGCCGGACCAUCAACCAAGGUCUUUAAAAAACUGGUGAGAUCAUUCUAGCUGCGAAACGCCUUUCUCGGUUCAGAUGAUCGCGUCAUUGGACGGUGACGUUAAGCCGUUGGCCUUGUCUCCUUUUUUACAUGCGCCUUUACAUGCUGACGUCCGAUCUCACCUCUCUGGUUCCUCUGCAAUUCAGCCAUUGGCUGGAAGUGAGAAAAGUUGGCACCGCUUAUUUAUUAUUAUUAUUAUUAUAAUUAUUAUUAUUAUUAUUAUUAUUAUUAUUAUUUAUUUAUUUUUAUUGCCUUGAUCCGACAAUGAUUGCACCAAUCAAUCUUUCAAAAAUUAACAGACUGAUACAAUAUUUAUUUAUUGAUGAAGGGGCUUUGUUGUACUGAUUACAUGAAGCAAGACAUCAAUAUAAACUUGUUUUAUAAACAGUUUUGACAAGGGGCACUAACUCAUGCAAUUGUUCUUUAAAUUGUCUUUUGCCAGGCGUGACCACAAAGUGGAUCACAUCUACAGUAGAAGAUUUAUCCAGCAGUCUUUUCCAGUCGGCCAAGCGAAAUAAUGGUGGGUACAGAACAAGAGCAUGAUCGUUAAACUGAACCUUUAAACUGAGUAGUAGUAAAGAGAGAGUAGAUCAGCAAAGACAGUAAAGUUCGGCCACUUUGUCAGACUGGAGAAAUCAAUUCAUUUUGCUUAUCCGCGGUAUUUCUCUUUCUUAUUGUUAAAAGUUAACUGGAAGGUAACUAUAUGGGCUUGUAAUGAAAAACUAAUUAAUAGCUUGCUUGAUUGAUUGAUUUCUUGCUUUUCUUGGUUACUUUGAUUCUUUCAAUUGAUUGGUUGACUAACUAACAAAUAAUGAAAGAGGCUGAAUAUCAUUUGAAGAGUAACGGAGAUCGAGGAGGGUUUUAUCUGCCGAGGCCGAUAACACCCUCCCGGACGCUAUCUUGCGUCUAUAUGGAGAAAGUGCGGGUUAAUUAAUAAUUGGCCUGGUUCUUACUCUUGAAACAAGUGAAAUGUCCGCCAUUUUUGUUUUCACAACUAAAACAACUUAACCUCGUUCCCGGGUUUUCUUGGUUAACGGUGCAUUAACUUGCAGCUGUGCUGCACUUUUGACGUCAUCGGUUGAUUAAUCGUAAAAUUCCUCCAAAUUUGGUCAUCAGUAGGUGGUUAUGGUGAAUUAUGCGUGUGCUUUUAGCCAAUCACAAACGGAGAAAUAUUUUGAAUGAAUAAUAACAUUGAUUAAUGCUGAUUGAUCGAUCAAUUGAUGGAUGGAUAGACUUAUAUUCAUUGAUUGAUUCGCUGAUUAUCUGAAAUGGUGGUUAAAGACCUUCGGUAGUAUGGAGGCAAAAAUGUUUCAAAUUCUUGCUGUUGACAAAUACCCUCUCCGCCCAACCAAUCCAACUUCAUAUAACUGAACUUAAAUUUCCUGAGAGACCUCCCUUUCUAUUUUGCAGCGUCUGGUUUACCUCCUCGAAUACAACUCUCAUUAGCAAUACCGAGCACAAGAACUGUUGGAGCCAGGAAUUUCUUAUUACUCAAAACCUUUGCACAAAAACUUGUACAAGAAUUCAGUGUGUCUCCUUCAGGAACAAGGGUCGCCAUGGUAACUUACUCCUCAACUCCGCGCCUUGUUUUUCGUUGGAACCAAUACAUGAACAUGAAGUGCACUUUGAACGCCAUCUCAUCGCUCAGGUAAACACUCAUAGUAUAGGAAACCUGGCUUUUGUAACUAAUAACGACAAUACCACUUUGAAUAAAAUAAACGAUAACAAUUCAAUUUAACGACCCUGUCUAACCUCUGCCUUUCUAGCAAGCGCUACUUAUUUUCCUUAUAAGCGCCCCUAUUCUAAUAAGGGCCCGUCUUCGAAUCCAAUGAAGGCUCUUUUAAUUUUUAACCAAUCCUCUCAUUUUGUUUCAUUUUGUUAUACUGUCUUCAGAGUACAGUCAACCCCGUUAAUACGGACACUGAGGGGGGCCGUAGAAAGUGACAGGGGUGCCCUUAUUAAUCGGGUUCAAUUUUGAAAAAAGUAAGGGUUCUUCUUUCCCCAGGUACAAAGCAAACUGUUCGUAAUAGUGAAGUGUCCUUAUUAAGCGAGUGUCCGUUAAACGGGGUUGGACUGCACCUAGAGAAAAGCGGUGGUUCAUCUUUCUCUAGCUCACGUAGAAGGCCUUCCCAGGGAAGGGCCUUCCCAGGGUCUUUCAUUUACGUUCUGUAUUGUUUCUUUUUAAAUCAAAACUUGGUUAUGUGCAUUCGGUUGAUUGUCAAAAAAAGGAAAUAGGCGCUUUGUGUAUCACUUUAGCCUUCUGGAAAGCUAACCAUCUAAAAAUUUCAAGAAGCGAGACACUCUCAUGCCGGCAGCGAUUUAAGCGAGACACGAAUCAUUUUCUGAUACCUCAGACCCCGCUAAGAAGUAAUACAAAAUAUACAACUGUACAUGGUUAUAUAUAUUUUGCUGGGUAUUUCUUCAUUCACAGAUAUGUACCGGGCCAGAGAGCAUCUUUAAACCGUUUGUUCCAUUUCUUAAAAACAAGAUUGUAUUCCGAACCAGAAAGACACAAUCCAAAAGUCGAUCGAAUCUUAUUUGUCAUAGUAGAGAGUAGUUCCCUUACUUCAAAAGUAUUGGCAUCUCUUCCUAUUAAGUCACUGGAAGACAAAGGAGUCAGAGUAUUCAUUUUGACAGUUGGCAAGCACGUGAUAAGCAGCAGUCAAAGGACAUUCCGGAUUGGCUCCUUUGCUGAUGUUUCCAAGCUCCCUUACGCGUUUAGAGGAACAGGUGAGUUGAGCAUACAUGUAUCAAACGAAUGACAUUAGAAGAUAAAAAUCGGUUAAGGUAAAAAUGAAGAACCGAUGGCUGGAAGGAUGUAUUAGGAAGCUGAGUGACAAGUGGAAGGAUUUAUGGAUGACUGGACAAACAAAACGUUAGUGUAAAAUUACUAUACUUAACUAUAGCAAGGUGGAAUAUGAUCGUCCCGAUGAGUAUAGUACUGAUGUGAAAUAGGACCGGUUGAUGACAUUCAUCUUCAGAGUCAAAGUGAAUUGUAUCACGUCAUUUGAAGGCAUUAAACUCUGGUCAUUGACCUGAUUGGUCAAUUAAGUCGAGAUAUUAUUGGUGGUCUGUCCGUUAAGCCAGUUAAGCAGUUUCGUCAGUGAAUGGUGUUCAGUAUUCUGAUUGUACAUCACGGCUUGACUGACAGACAAGUCAUCACAAUGCGACUUAACUGACCAAUCAGGUCAAUAACCAGAGAUUAAAACCAUUAGAAUGAUCAGAAGUGACAGAGCUCACCUUGACUCUGAAGAUGACUAACGCACAGGUAGUCGAGACGUCAGUCACUUUCAACAACAUUUCUAUCCAGGGCUACUCUCACCUGGACGAUCAUACAUUCCGCAUUCGAAUAGUGACAUAAUGAUAAUGAAAAGAAAUACAACAAAUCCUUUAUUUUCCUUUUCAGGUUUUAAUCACAGCUGUUCAGGUUCUGGAAUAAUAUACGAUGAAUGCAACCGCCUUUGCUACUGUAAAGAUGGAAAGCCCUCUGAUUGCCACAGAAUACGAAAGGACUUCAUAGAAAUGCCUCUUGAAGAGCGACGUCGUUUUGUAAGGGCCCUCAAAGUAGUGUCAAUGCAAAACCCUUAUAAGAGGACCUACGAUAUUAUUACCAGAUUUCAUUUCAAGUUUUUUGAUAUCAUUCACGAGAAAAAUCUUUUCUUUCCUUGGCAUCGCUGGUACAUUUCUAUAUUCGAAAAUCUGCUGCGUCACGUUGACUGUCGCGUGACUGUACCUUAUUGGAACUGGGCACGAGCAGUGUCACGUAAACGACUGUGGCGUCAUACAGAUAAACGGGAUAUUUGGAAUCCAGGGCCUCACGGCUUUGGUGGCGACGGCGACUCUGGAUCAGGCUGCGUUAGAAGUGGGCCCUUCAGUGUUGGAAAAUGGUAUCUCCCUGUCUGGCAUGGUCAUGAUUGUCUGUCCCGAGAAUUUGAUCGAAAAAUGUUUUUACCAGGGGAAUGGUACGUCAACGACCUUAAUAAAAUUCCUUGGAACCAAUUUAACAAAUUUGAAUCUGGUGUGAGAGAAUACAUGCACAAUGACUUGCAUAAUGCCGUUGGAGGAACCAUGUCUGAGGACUCGUCUGCUCUUGCACCUGAAUUUUGGUGUCACCACGCCUUUUUGGACAAAGUCUGGUCAAACUGGCAGGACCAUGGCCCUAAGUAUAAAUUUAUUUACUUCAAGAAAAUAAAUAAGAGGCUGCCAGGUGGGGCACACUUCGGAUGGGAGUUUAUGGACCUUCAGCAUCAGCCCCACUGUAUACAGGUCCUAUACGAUGAACCAAUUGAGGAGAAAUCACCACCGGGAAAUGAAGAACAGGCAACGCAUAGACGUCAUCGUAACUACGGUCCAGACUCUGAAGAAACCAGUUGUUAUAACAAUGCCGAUUGUGAGGUUGAUGGAGACAAUGUUGAUGGCGAGUAUGAUCGCGAUAGUGACAAUCUUGAUGAUACAUAUGGUAAUGAAGAGACAAGAUAA